UGACUGAGCGCCAUGCAAAUCGCUCUGCUUCUAGAACGCCAUUGGCCGCUCGUGGCUCAUUUAACCGCUGUCAAGGCGCAUCGUAUGGCUGCGGCUUUAACUAACUUCUCAACUCUGACAGGGAAAGUGGCUCAAAGGCGCAUUCUGUCAGUGGAUGUGAACCAACAACCGGAGAGGAGAUAAAGCACGCACAGAACAUUUCUGCGAACCCCUCUUUCUUGGAUUAUUAAUUCAGUUUACAUUUAACUCUUUUUGAGGUGUAGGAUUGUUGAUCCCUCGUGUGCACCUGCUCUGCCAGACUCGCGCGCCGACUGAACUGACUUUUUUUUUCUCUGUUGUUUGAAAGUUUGAAAACCAGGUGAAUGUAUAGCAUGAUGAUGGAGACUGACCUCCAUUCCCCUGGACCCCAAACGAACACAAAUUCGGGCCAAACGGGACCGAACAGUGGAUCCAAAGCGAAUCAGGACCGGGUGAAGCGUCCGAUGAACGCGUUCAUGGUGUGGUCCCGUGGGCAGCGGAGAAAGAUGGCCCAGGAGAACCCCAAAAUGCACAACUCCGAGAUCAGCAAGCGGCUGGGCGCCGAGUGGAAGGUGAUGACUGAAGCGGAGAAGAGACCCUUCAUCGACGAGGCGAAGCGGUUACGAGCCAUGCACAUGAAGGAGCACCCGGAUUAUAAAUACAGACCAAGACGGAAGACCAAGACGCUGCUGAAAAAGGACAAAUACUCUCUGGCUGGUGGCCUGCUCUCUGGGGCUGGCGGUGGUGGAAUGGGUCUGGGGGUCGGGAUGGGUUCAUCCGGGGUCGGCCAGAGGUUAGAGAGCCCCGGGUGCCACGGGGGCUCCGCCAGCUCAGGCUACACGCACAUGAACGGCUGGGCGAACGGUGCGUACUCCGGGCAAGUGGCUGCAGCCGCUGCGGCCGCGGCGAUGAUGCAGGAGGCGCAGCUAGCUUACAGCCAGCACCCGGGCAGCGGGCACCACCAUCACUCACACCACCACCACCCGCACAACCCCCAGCCCAUGCACCGCUACGACAUGUCGGCGCUCCAAUACAGCCCCAUCUCGAACUCUCAGGGCUACAUGAGCGCCUCUCCGUCCGGCUACGGCGGGAUCACCUAUACGCAGCACCAGAGCUCUGGCGUCUCCUCCUCGGCUGCCAUGAGCACGUUAGGGUCGCUGGUGAAGUCAGAGCCGAGCGGUGUCCAGUAUGAGGACUGUCAUGAGGGACUGCCCAUGGAUCACCGUGGAGACCUGUGAUUGACAGACAGGCGCUAGUCCCCGUCUGGCUGGCUGGCUGGCAGGCCGUCAUUACGAUCAGCAGGAGGAGAUUUGCUAUACGGCGACAGGACCUUAUGAAAAAUGUCAUCGACCGCCAGAGCACCUGACUUCCUCCCCUCCCCCAAGUACCUCACCUAAUGUCACCUAAUGUUAUCUAAUUCCCAUAUUUAUCAUUCAAAUCAUCUAGAAUGCAGUUAGCUGCAACACACCCCCACAUACUGCAUUGACUUCCCCUAUGUACCAAUACCUCAACACAUCUCACUCAAACCCCCUUACACUUUUCACACCAUUCCCCAUGUACCUCAUCCCAUCCACUUUGGAACUCACCCAUCCUCCACCUGUCUGUCUCUAAUCACUCCCUACACCCCUCACCCUAACCGCCCCUCAGCCCACCCACCCCCUCCUCACCCCCAUGCACCUCAGCCAGCAUCCUAUCUUAAUACCCUGACUCCCUCUAUUGGCCUAUGUCCCAGCAGCGCUCUGCAUGUUAACAUUUCUAAACCCCCUCAAAUUGUGACUAAUAAACAUUUUCUAGCCUUCAGUUUAUUUGAACAGUCAGCCAGCCAUGCAUGCCAAAAAGCUAGCUAGAACAGACUGAGACAGACUGGCAGACUGGCACCCUGACCAGAGAGUAAGUGCUGUGUUUAUCCUCUUAUACGUACACCACCAGCUUACUGCGGUUUGGCAGGACAGUGACAACAGGACCAGCCAAUGCCUGGCAAACUGACUGGCUUCCGGGCUAGUUAGCACCUAGGAAGAGGUUCUAUAAAGAUAAAGGAGAAAAGAGAAGGAAUAUGUACUCAUCCUUCACCUGUCCAGUGAAGUCUUACCACUCAUCCUUCACCUCUCCAGUGAAGUCUUACCACUCAUCCUUCACCUCUCCAGUGAAGUCUUACCACUCAUCCGUCACCUCUCCAGUGAAGUCUUACCACUCAUCCUUCACCUCUCCAGUGAAGUGUUACCACUCAUCCUUCACCUCUCCAGUGAAGUCUUACCACUCAUCCUUCACCUGUCCAGUGAAGUCUUACCACUCAUCCGUCACCUCUCCAGUGAAGUCUUACCACUCAUCCUUCACCUCUCCAGUGAAGUCUUACCACUCAUCCUUCACCUCUCCAGUGAAGUGUUACCACUCAUCCUUCACCUCUCCAGUGAAGUCUUACCACUCAUCCUUCACCUCUCCAGUGAAGUCUUACCACUCAUCCUUCACCUCUCCAGUGAAGUCUUACCACUCAUCUGUCACCUCUCCAGUGAAGUCUUACCACUCAUCCUUCACCUCUCCAGUGAAGUCUUACCACUCAUCCUUCACCUCUCCAGUGAAGUCUUACCACUCAUCCGUCACCUCUCCAGUGAAGUCUUACCACUCAUCCGUCACCUCUCCAGUGAAGUGUUACCACUCAUCCUUCACCUCUCCAGCUCAUGGCCAAGACACAGUAUACAUUUUGGUGUCAUACAACUCUUCUAAAUUGAGUGAUACCACAAAAGAAACAAUACAUUUUUAAUAAACACUUUAAAAUUGCUUUCUGCUACCUCUCCUUGGCGCCACAGGAGAAAAUCUCAGAGAGGGAAUUAAAAUAGAGGAUAAUUGUAGAGUGCAAGGAGGAAAGCUGAGGAAAACUGUUAUGUGAGGCCACAAACAAACUAUAAUAUGUAAUUCACUCUUUAAAAUUGUUUUUCAUUCAUUUGAAUUCUGUUCCUCAAGCCUGUGUUUUUUAAUUAAUGUCAUUUAUCUGGGAGAUGCUUGAUGCAGUGGUUAGAUCUGUGGUAAGGAAAUACUCUACAGAUGUUAUGAAUGACGCAGUCUUUGAAAUAAAACUGGAAAAUCAAUUAAGCAUUUAAUCCAAUGUCGAGAUUUUGAUUGCAUAAAAAAUGACUUAAUCAAUCAUCUUUAUAUCAACGUAUUAAGUCUUGCCUCUGUACAUUUUGAGGAUUGACUGUAAAUCUGUCCCUUGCAAUAUACAUAAAAUGCAAUGCAAAAUAAAAUGAAGUCAUCUAA